AUAUCACCAGAGUCUCCUCAUCCUUGUCCUCCUCUUCUAUCAUUAAGAAACUGCAAGUCUUCAAAUUGAUGAAUUGUUUCUUCUAGUUUAGCCUUACUACUGUCAAGUUCAAUGACCAGUUUUGCUGAAAUGUGAAGCUUUCAAUACAACAAGCUAAUGAAUUUUUGUGGUGAUCUUUAAUUUCCUUUGCUGAUGCAAUUUCAGAUGAAAUCUGCCGGGUCCCAUGGAAAACACAUUUUUUUUUUUUUCAGGUGAAACCACAUAAUUGUAUGUGUCAUUAAACUUGGACCAGUUCAAUUACAAGCCAAUGACAAGACAACACAUAUUUACCUGGUUGGUUCAAUGUGUCAAAAGGCUGAAACGUUUUGUUCCAUAUGAAACUUUCAGCGAUAUAUUUCAAGCUACCAACUAUCUCAUAUUUUAAUAUUGCAGGAAAAUAUUUUCUGGCCCUACUCAGCUAACAGCCCUAGCAUUAUGGGUUGGCUGAACAAAAUUUUAAAAGGGUCCAGCCAUAAAAAUUCAGGAGGCCAAUACCAUGGAAAAUCUAAGGAUGAUAGUCUAUGGAACGAGCCUUCUAGUUCAUUGGAUGUCCAGUCAGAGUCUGAAAAUGAAGAUAUAGAUCAUGCUAUUGCACUUUCUUUAUCAGAAGAAGAAAAGAAAAAGGGAAAGGCAAUUGAUAACGAAUCUUAUACGGAGGAAGAUGAACAGCUUGCCAGGGCUGUGCAAGAAAGUUUGAAUGUAGACUCUCCUCCCCAUUAUAAUGGUCAGAUUUAUCAACCACCACAGUUUUUAUUUCCCUCCAGGAUAUGUGCUGGAUGCAAAAAUGAAAUUGGUCAUGGGCGCUAUCUCAGUUGUAUGGGUGCCCUUUGGCAUCCAGACUGUUUUCGUUGCCAUGCAUGCAAUCAACCAAUAUCUGAUUAUGAGUUCUCUAUGUAUGGGGAUUUCCCAUAUCAUAAGUCUUGCUACAGGGAACUUUAUUACCCAAAAUGUGAUGUUUGCAAGCAAUAUAUUCCAACAAAUCGAAGUGGCCUCGUUGAAUACCGGGCUCACCCUUUCUGGCUACAGAAGUAUUGUCCCUCACAUGAGCUUGAUGGCACUCCUAGGUGUUGCAGUUGUGAACGAAUGGAGCCAAGAGAUGCAAAAUAUGUGACUUUGGAUGAUGGGCGAAAACUCUGCCUGGAGUGUCUGAAUUCUGCAAUAAUGGAUAACGAGGAGUGCCAACCUCUUUACCUUGAUAUACAAGAAUUUUAUGAAGGUCUGAAUAUGAAAGUGGAACAGCAGAUUCCAUUGCUUCUGGUGGAGAGACAAGCCCUAAAUGAAGCCAGGGAAGGAGAAAAAAAUGGGCAUCACCACGUCCCAGAAACUCGAGGUCUCUGUCUUUCUGAAGAGCAGACUGUUAGCACUAUAUUACGAAGGCCAAUAAUUGGGCCUGGAAACAGAAUUUUUGACAUGGUAACAGGGCCAUACAGAUUGAUUCGGCAGUGUGAUGUAACAGCCAUUCUUGUAUUGUAUGGGCUACCAAGAUUACUGACGGGGUCAAUACUGGCUCAUGAGAUGAUGCAUGCAUGGCUUCGGCUUAAUGGAUAUCGAGGCCUGAGCCUGCAAGUUGAAGAAGGCAUCUGUCAGGUGCUGGCUCAUAUGUGGCUGGAGUCGGAAAUCAUAUCGGGAACUGGCAGUAACAUUGCAUCCAGCUCAUCAUCCUCAAAUCCAAACAAAAAGGGCCCAAGGUCUAAGUUUGAGAGAAAACUCGGAGAGUUCUUCAAGCACCAGAUUGAAUCAGAUUCUUCACCAGCAUAUGGUGAUGGCUUCAGAGAUGGUAACCAUGCAGUUCUUCGCUAUGGCCUUAGAAGCACCCUUGACCAUAUUAGAAUUACACAGACUUUCCCCUACUGAUUGUGGACAUGAGCAUUUUGUUACUCAGAUGAUGUUUAUUUCUUUGUCUUCAUUCAGAAAGGAUGCCAAAACUAUUUGUCAUAAAAGAAAAAGGAUAGCAUACGUGACUUGCCCUGUCAAGUUGUAAUUCCUUGAUCGGCAUUGCAGCCCAUGUCUACAAUUAGAAAAAAAAAAAAAAGAAAGGAAGCGUUGUCUACCUGGCUGAAUCUUUUGCUAAA